AUGGAGCACAUCGAACCCGUUGUCGCCUGGGCGCAGGCCCUGCCCCUCCCCCUCAAGAUUGUUGGACUGAUCGUCGGCGUGCCAUUCGUCGCGAUCGUGCUCAAUGUCCUCCGGCAAUUGCUCGUGCCCAAGGACCCCACGGCACCCCCCGUGGUCUUCCACUACAUUCCCUGGUUUGGCUCCGCGGCGUACUAUGGUGUCGACCCGUACAAGUUCAUGUUCGAGUGCCGUGAGAAGUACGGAGACGUCUUCACCUUCAUCCUCCUCGGUCGCCGCAUGACUGUCGCUCUCGGACCCAAGGGCAACAACCUCUCGCUUGGCGGCAAGGUCUCGCACGUCUCGGCCGAGGACGCGUACACUCCCCUCACGACCCCCGUGUUCGGCAAGGGUGUCGUCUACGACUGCCCCAACGACAUGCUCAUGCAGCAGAAGAAGUUUAUCAAGCACGGCCUGACGACUGAGGCUCUCCAGUCGUACACCGAGCUCAUGCCCCCCGAGUGCCACCAGUACUUUGCCAAGGAGCUCAAGCUCUCCAAGGCCAACCCUGGACCCAAGACUGUCGACGUUUUGCACAUGAUGGCACAGCUUAUCGUGCUCACGGCUGGCCGCACGCUGCAGGGCAAGGAAAUUCGCGAGAGCAUGAGCCUCCACUUUGCCAAGCUCCUCGAGGACCUCGACAAGGGCUUUACCCCGCUCAACAUGAUGUUCCCCAACCUCCCGCUUCCCUCAUACCGCCGCCGCGACCGCGCCCAGAAGCAAAUGUCCGACUUUUACAUGAGCAUCAUGGCCAAGCGCCGCACCGGCGAGUACGACCACGAAAACGACAUGAUCCAGGCUCUCCAGGGCUCGGUGUACCGCAACGGCACGCCGCUCACCGACCGCGACGUUGCGCACAUGAUGAUCGCCCUCCUCAUGGCUGGCCAGCACACUUCGUCCGCGACCUCGUCCUGGUUCCUCCUCCACCUCGCGCACGACCAGGAGCUCCAGCAGCGCCUCUACCAGGAGCAGGUUGACAAAUUUGGCAACCCCGACGGCACCUUCCGCCCCAUGACCUUUGACGACACCAAGAAGCUCCCGCUCAUGGACAGCUGCAUUCGCGAGACGCUUCGCCUCCACGCUCCCAUCCACUCGAUCCUCCGCAAGGUCCUCCAGCCCAUUGUUGUGCCUCAGUCGCUGGCCGCGCCCUCUGAGAACGUCUCGUACGUCAUCCCCAAGGGCCACUUUAUCGUUGCUGCCCCUGGUGUCUCGCAGAUGGACCCCAAGAUCUGGGAGGAGGCAUCCCGCUGGAACCCGCUGCGCUGGCUCGUCGAUGGUGGUGUCGCCAAGACGGCCGACGAGCAGUACACCUCGGGUGAGAAGGUCGACUACGGUUUCGGCGCCGUCUCCAAGGGUACCGAGUCGCCGUACCAGCCGUUUGGUGCUGGCCGCCAUCGCUGCGUCGGCGAGCAGUUUGCGUACCUCCAGCUCACGCUUGUUAUUGGCGAGGUCAUUCGCAACUUCAAGCUCACGGCUGCGCAGGACGAGUUCCCCAAGACCAACUACCAGACCAUGAUCGUCCUCCCACUCGACCCCAAGAUCAACAUUGAGGCCCGGGUCUAA